AUGAUUGCUUUCGUGCUACUGAAAGACAAGCUUGCACGGAUAUACAAACCCAAGACUUAUCUUGUCCCAGAACGCGAACGAACAGAUCCACCACCACGAAAUCCUUGGGGAUGGCUUUUUGCCAUCUUUCGAUUCAGAGACCGAGAAGUCAUUAACAAAUGCGGUCUCGAUGCCUACUUCUUCCUGCGGUACCUGCAGACCCUGCUCAUCAUAUUCAUACCUAUGGCCGUUGUUAUACUUCCGGUCCUCUUGCCGUUGAAUUCAAUUGGUGGUAGAGGGCCUUCAUAUGCUUUAGAGUUUAAUAACGCUACAGACUCUGCACAUGCCAAUGUGACUGGUUUGGACACGCUUGCUUGGGGUAAUGUCAGACCAGAAGACACUCACCGAUAUUGGGUCCAUCUCGUGCUCGCACUCCUAGUUGUUAUAUGGGUCUGUGAGGUGUUUUUUGCAGAGUUCAAGGUGUAUAUCAAGGUCCGACAGGAUUAUUUGACAUCUGCUGAGCAUCGUCUGAGAGCCUCGGCAACAACUGUCCUAGUGAGCGCCAUUCCUCGAAAAUGGUUGACUGUGGAAGCCCUUGCCGGCCUCUACGAUGUGUUUCCCGGUGGAAUUCGAAAUAUCUGGAUCAAUCGAAAAUUCGACGCUCUUCUUGACAAGAUUCACCAAAGAGACCAAGUCUUCCACCAGCUUGAGUCUGCCGAGACGGAGCUUAUCAGACUCGCCAAGAAGGCCCAAAAGAAGCAAGUAGAGAAAGAUGAGAAAUUGCUUGCAAAACAGCGAAAGCAGAAGCGCAAGACCAAAGCGGAAAAGACGCAGCAGGAGAAAAACGACGACCUGCAAGCUCAAAGGCUAGCACAAGAAGGAGGGACGAGUACUGGUGAUCCUCAUCAGGUGCCACACACGGUGGAUGAUGCCAUUAAUGAGGAGGAAGAGCGAUCCAGGGAGCAAGACCACGAUAAUACCACUAGCCAUGAACGAAAAGGCGGCUUCAAAAUACCAGUCAUCGGCGGUGGUCUAGCUGCUGUUGGGCAAGGUUUCGAGACUGUAGGACAAGGUCUUGGAAAGGGAAUUGGCGCUGUUGGCAAAGCAGGAGGUACGGUCAUUGGAGGCGCCCGCAAUGUUGGCAAAGACCUGAACAAUCAGAUCGAGACCACAAAUGGGUUUGUGACAUUUGACUCGCACUCGGAUGUUGAGGACGAUGGUUACGAUCAGUAUGGUCGUUAUCGUGGAGAGCCCAAUGUUGGGAAUGUGGGUGGGCCUUACGGGGCAGGGAUCGACGCGGAAGCCGAGAAGAAAGACCACAUGGUCGAAGACAUCUCACCAACCUCGACGAAAGGACCGAAAUUGCACGGUCAAGAUAUGAGAUUACCUGGAAACACUGUCAGAAGAGCUACCAACAAUUAUGCCGGCACGAAUGACAAUGCUGGAAACGUUGGGUGGUGGAAGUUCUGGCAAGGUCCCGCUGGAGGAUUUGCCUCCCCAAUGCCAACUGGAUACGAAGAUGGCGACGAGUUUCCACUCACUCAAUUCGAUGGAGCUGGGUCGACAAUGUCCAAGAGACAUGGAGAUGCAGAGAAGAAGGGCUUCUUCGGAAAAGUCAAAUCCGUGAUCCCUUUCCUUGGAGAUGACGAGAUAGAGCCUCUGGAGUAUCCGCUAUCUUACAAUCCCGAGUAUAAAGAAGAUGCUCAUGGUGCUGUCUGGGAGCGAUACCUUAAGACCAAAGACCGACCGACACAUCGACUUCCGAAUUUUGGAUGGACUCCUGGGUGGUUGCCCGGCCUCCCAAUUAUCAACAAAAAAGUCGACACGAUCUAUUGGUGCCGAGAAGAAUUAGCCCGCCUGAAUCUGGAGAUCGAGAUGGACCAGAAAGAGCCAGAGCGUUUCCCCUUGAUGAACUCUGCCUUCAUACAGUUCAACCACCAAGUUGCUGCACAUAUGGCUUGCCAAGCUGUUACCCAUCAUGUGCCUAAGCAUAUGGCCCCGAGAACCGUAGAAAUAUCACCAAAUGAUGUUAUUUGGGAUAAUAUGUCUAUCAAAUGGUGGGAGUCCUGGUUCCGCACUGCACUAGUAUUCGGUAUUGUUACUGGUAUGGUCGUGUUGUGGUUGAUUCCCGUCGGAUGGACAGCUUCAUUGUCUCAAAUAACAGCCUUGGCUUCGAAAUAUUCCUGGCUGCACUGGCUCAACCACUUACCGAAAAGAGUACUUCAGGGACUCGCAGGUGUUUUGCCGCCACUGGUUCUUUCUCUCUUACUUAUACUGGUCCCUACAAUUUUAAAUUUCCUUGCAUUGGUUCAGGGAUCACAGACUGGGACAGAAAAGCAACGAUCCGUCCAAAACUACUACUUUGCCUUCCUGUUCGUCCAAGUCUUCCUGGUUGUCUCAAUCUCUGGGGGUGCCUUGGCAACGUUGGGUUCCUCUACGGAUUUCAAUGCAGUUCCCGAGACUCUGGCUACCCAACUUCCUAAGGCUUCGAAUUAUUUCUUCUCCUACAUGAUUCUUCAAUCGUUGUCUACGAGUGCGGGUACCCUUUUGCAGAUUUUUACUCUGGCAAUGUGGUACAUUCUACCAAAAAUUAUGGACAGUACUGCUCGUCAGAAGUGGACUCGAAACACAACGCUACCAAGUGUCACCUGGGGAACCACCUUUCCGGUCUACACCAACUUUGCUUGCAUUGCGCUUAUCUACUGCGUUGUUUCUCCUUUGAUUAUCCUAUUCGCCAUUAUCACAUUCACCCUCUUCUGGAUUGCGAACCGAUACAACAUGCUGUACGUUUCCAGAUUCAAACUGGACACUGGUGGUUUGCUCUACCCUCGCGCCCUCAAUCAAACGUUCGUAGGCCUGUACAUUAUGGAGCUGUGCUUGGUUGGACUCUUCUUCCUUGUUCGGGACGAGAAUGGCGACGCUUCUUGCGCUCCACAAGGCAUUAUUAUGAUAGUGUCUAUUGUCCUCACCGCCUUAUAUCAGGUUCUGCUCAACUGGUCGUUUGGGCCCCUUCUCUUGCACUUGCCUAUCACGUUCGAAGAUGAGGCUGUGCUCCGAGACGAAGCUUUCGAGAGAGCUCAAGCUAGACGACUUGGAAUUGAUGCCGAUGAAGAAGAAACUGUUGGGCCUAUUCAGCACGAUGGAGCGAUCGAACUUGGCAAGAUGAAUUCACAUCAGAACAAGUUCGCAAAAUUCAAUCCUGCAAAUGUUGUCAAAGAAGCUGGGACUUGGGCAGCCAAAUCAGGGCGCGCCUUUCGCCAACAAACAUUCGGUCGAGGCCAUGAAGCUGAGGAUCCUGUUAUUCGUCAAAAACGCCGACACCGUGAUCUCGACAACCAAAAGAAGAUUGCGGACGCUCUUUAUGGUGGAUAUAACGAUGAUAUCGAAGAUCUGACACCUGAUGAGAGAGACGUCCUCGUGAGACAUGCAUUCCAGCAUUAUGCCCUAAGAGCUAGACGACCUACAGUUUGGAUCCCCCGAGAUGAUAUUGGAGUCAGUGAUGACGAGAUUAAGCGGACAAGAGAAUAUGCUGGGAACAAUAUAUGGAUAAGCAACGUUGGUGCAGCCUUGGAUAGUAAAGCGAAAGUGGUGUAUGGGAGAAAUCCGCCAGAUUUCUCGGAAAUCGAUCUCAUCCAGCUGUAA